UUAGUUCAUUUUCUGUUUAGAAGGUUUUUUUAACUCCUCUUCCUAACUGUACUAACAUCCUAUUUGAAUUAGCCAGAACAGAUUAUGAUAUUGAAGAUUGUUGAUAAAGAUGUUUGAGACACAUGCAGUAAUCACAUUUUAAGAGAUUUUGGCUGUAGUUGUAUUUUGAAAAAGUGAUUGUGUUUUCAAGGUGCUUCUUGUCUUUUCUCUGUUUUAUUUCUGCAAACAGUGCCUUCACUCUCGUUGUAAACAAAAUUGUGUGGAGUUCAUCCUGUUUUCAGGACCAUUGUUGUUAGAAGUCUGUUUGCAAUGAAUUUUAAGUAAAACUCAUUCAGACUUUCUAUUCUCCACAUUUUUUCCACCCUCUCUAGUGACUUGGGCUGGGUGAUAGAACAAAAUAAAUAAAUGCUUUAUACAAAAAAUGCACAAAAAAUAUUUGAAAGUGAUCUAAUUUACAUAACAGAGCCCAUUCAGUAGCCCAUACGUAAUUAUUGCAAGUGCUUGCAAGUCUCACACAAGAAGCGAACAAAUCACUGAAUCAAAGUUUUGAAUCAGACAGUUCAAACUGAUUUGUGGAAAUGAAUCAAACUUACCAAGUCUAAUGCCAUUUUUACUACUUAAUGCUAUUAAAAUGUUCAGGAAACUUUGUGUUAAAAUCAAUAUGAUAUUCACAGUGUUGCUUGAUUUUACAUCAAGGAAAAGUCAUUGCAAAUAUAUUGUGAAUAUUGAUUAUAUCGCCCAGCCCUACUUGUGCCUUAUUUUAAAAAAAAAUCUCCAUAAACCAUAAAAUGCAUCAUAUUAUAUAUUUUGAAUAUUUGCUACGAGUAUUUCUUAAGCCCGGCUGGUAUUUCUUGGAGUUGUUUGCACCUUUUGGUUGUGUUUGUGUGUAAAAACAGAUGCACCUUGGUCUUUUAUCUGUUUUUAUCCAUGUGCAAACACAAGAGACAAGAAAAACACUCCAGCUGGGUUAGUGUGGGUUUUGUAAUAUAGAUGUUGUAGAUUCAAAGGUUCUUAUUGCCUUAUGUAAAGUUGUUGACACUGUAAUAUAUGCUCACAGUUGAGCCCUGGCUUGCAUAUAAUAUGUAUGUGUGCGAUUAAUGCAGAAUGAUCAUUUCUAAACCAAACACACAUACAAACGCACAUACACAUUUCUAGGAAAUAGAAUUUUUCAUCCUCAAGCUCUCAUAAUAAAAAAAAAAAACUGUUCAAAACUUUAUGCACUCAUUAGGGCUGUCAAUUUAACAUGGAAUUUUAUUUCAAUCAAUCAUAGAAAGAUGAACUACUUUUGUCUUGACAUUGCAACCGUCACUGACGUAUAUUUAGUGCAUGUCUACAUCGAAAAACACUGUGGAUGGACAAAACAAGUCAACAUUUAAGAGAAUGACAAACUCGACUGCAAAAGAGUGCACUGUGGAAUAUAUUGAUUUCUAAAGGCAAUUCUAAUCUAUACUUUAAUCUUCUUUUGGGGACUUUUCUCAGCAAAUUAACAAUUUGUCAGUUGGUUACAAACCAUGCAAUUCAUUUGAUUUAAAAAGUCAAUUGACAGCCCAAGAAUAAAUUUUAACCCAGGACAAAUCCACACAUUAAAAGGAUGCUUCGUCACUCUGCGUGAACAAUGCAACCUCACAUCUCCCAUCACACCUAAAAUCAACCAUUGUGAUUGCUCUUCUCAUAUUGUUCUCCUGUGAAUGAUAUUCGCUUGACGCAAAAUGUCUUUCACCCCACCGAUGUGUUCCGGGAGGGCAGUGCUUAAUCAAGGUGCGGGCAAUGCUGAGAAGUUUGAUUAUUUGAUGAACUACUUGAAGAAGAUGGCUGGAAAUGAAUAUGUCGGUUUCAGCAAUGCCACAUUUCAGUCGGAGCGUGAGUCGGGAGACAGGAAUUUCGCUAUUGGCUAUUACCUGAAAGAAAAGAAGUGCUUUCCAGAUGGUACAGACAUGACUGCUGUUCUGGACUUGUACUUUCAGCUGUGCUCCAUCGAGGUAACCUGUGAGAGCGCUAGCGUCAUGGCUGCCACACUGGCCAACGGUGGCUUCUGUCCAAUCACAGGCGAGCGUGUGCUGAGCCCCGAGGCCGUGCGAGACACCCUCAGCCUCAUGCACUCCUGCGGCAUGUAUGACUUCUCCGGACAGUUUGCCUUCCAUGUGGGUCUUCCGGCCAAGUCAGGUGUGUCUGGUGGUAUUCUGCUGGUUGUGCCCAAUGUGAUGGGCAUCAUGUGCUGGUCUCCUCCGUUGGACAGACUUGGCAACAGUGUCCGGGGCAUCCAGUUCUGCACAGAUCUAGUGUCCUUGUUCAACUUCCACAACUAUGACAACCUGAGGCACUUCACCAAGAAGCUCGAUCCCCGCCGAGAGGGAGGGGACCAGCGGGUGAAAUCUGUCAUCAAACUCCUCUUUGCUGCCUACACAGGAGAUGUUUCUGCUCUCAGAAGGUUUGCACUGUCCUCUGUGGACAUGGAGCAGCGGGACUAUGACUCCAGGACGGCGCUGCACAUAGCAGCAGCUGAGGGACAUAUUGAGGUUGUGCGUUUCCUGUUAGAGGCCUGCAAGGUGAAUCCUGGUCCCAAGGACAGGUGGGGCCAUACACCUAUAGACGAGGCGACACACUCGGGUCAUCACGAGGUGCUCGCGCUUCUACAGGAGUACAGCGGUAAACACCUGAAUGUGAUUCUGGAGACGUAAACUUUUCUUCUACCACUAGACACUUGUUGAAUAGCUCGUGAAACACUGCCCUCUCUCAAGAUCCGUGUGCGUGUUUUCGUCAGUACAUUUUUCGUUUGAAGCUGUCUCCUGUAGAUUUACAAGCUUUUGUGAAAAACUUUUGGCUUGUUCACAACAACUUCCUUGUAAGAAAGGGUGUGUGUCAUGAUGAUGCCCAUAUUUAACGGUGCGAAAUGACUCUCAAUAGGCGCUAUAAUUGUAUGCCUUCAUGCCUGUGAAAGGUGGAUCGAGGUGUGAGAGAGGACGACUACAGCCAUGUCAUUGUUUUCCUGAGGGUAAACAGUUAAACUCAAGAGUGCAAGAAUGAAACCCAACAAUCCUGUUUAGAUAAGAAGCGUUCUUACAUUAAAAACAGCGAGAUUUGGUCAUGUUGCGCAAACGCUCACGACAUAGAAGCUGCUAGCCAACAUAUCUUACUUCUUUAUGCUGUCUUAUAUAAAAAAAAAAUCUCGGCAGAACGGAAUGAAAAUCGAGAUGCGACCUGCAAGUCUAUUGCAUUUCCAUUUUCAAACAAUCGAUGUUGUCACGAGCGACGAUUAUCAUUAAGAUCCGAAAUAAGACAACGUGUCCUGUGUAAAAGUGGGAAUUAUUUUAAUUAUUUAGCUUGGAAUUUUUGUAUGUAUAUCACUUUAUUUUAUUAUAACUCAUUAUUUGAACAUUUUAACCACUGCCAAAGACAGUUAUUUUUGUUAAUCUUUAUCAGAUAUAUGGACUGUGUAUUCUUCAGUGCACUCAUAUAGCCAUUUACACCCAAAGUACACAGUGUUAAUCUUAGAACAAAAGUGGUCAAAAAUAAAUGUAUACUGGAUAAGAAGAAGAUGAAAGUUAAAAAAAUCACAUUAUAUAAAUAAAGUAAAUCAUCAGAUACAAUUAAAAAACUCCUUUAUUUAUAAAUACUCUUAUAUUUAAAAGACUACAUCUGUGCAUUUAUGUAUAUUUUAUGAAGUGUUAAAUUACUGUAAGUGUAGAGUCUAUUGUAAGACAGUUGUUUUAGCUGUGGAAAGAUGAUGUCAAACCUGUUCACCCGGACCAAACACUUGAUAGUCAAGUCAGUUAGUUGGACAAAAAUCAAGUUCAUGUCAAAGUAAAUGAAUGUAAACUCUUAAAGACACUUUAGCAUUAUUCAGUAUUCACUGAAGUACAUAUUUAUUUGCUGAUUUCUAUUAGACUGUAUCUGACUGACUAAGUCAGUGUGUGUAUGUGCUAUUAAAGCAACGGUAUAUAAAGAUUCAUCUUUGAUGAGCGAUAAUGAAUAAAAUUGUGUUAGUAAUUAAAAGGGUGUAAUUUUACUCAUUACUCAUUAUACUUACAGGGGACAAAACUACAUGCAACACAAAUUCUGACUAAAAAAAAAAAAAAAAGUUAACCUGAAUUCAAUUAUAUAUCUCACAAAGUAAUAUCACAAUAAUCUUAACAAUCAGCAAAAGUCAUGCUCAUAGCUGAAACGGUGCAGGAUGAAUAAUAUACGGAAAUACUAUCCAUGUGCAACAGUAACAGUGAGGCAUGUCUAGCACAAUAGCAAGAUUAUUUUCCUUUAAGUACGGUAUUUUAUUUUAAACAACUUACAAUGCAUUCAAGGUGUACAUUUAAUCCGUUCUCUGGGAAUCCCAUCUAUUACCUUUGCAUUUCUACACACAUUCUCUACCAGUUUAAAGCCUUAAUCCUGACAGAACUCCAGCCCGUGGUCUUCACUGACAUGCUGCUUUACCAUCUUAGACUUUCAAACCAGAAAGUCUGUCUGCAUUCUUCCCUCCUAGAGCUAAAAGAGUUUUACAGAAUUUUACUGUAUUGCAAAUGUCCUGAUGGUGUGCAAAUACCAGGACAAAAACACAAACCUUUAAGAGUCUCAGAACAGGCGCAAAGUUGUUCAGAAAAUUAUUAGAUGUUGCUUUUUUUAUUGUAAAAUAAUUGUAUAAUUUUUGUGUGUGUGUGUGUGUGCUUUAUUUCCUUUGCUUGUUAUCAGUUUCAAGACCGGAUGAACUGAGAAAUGUUGGCCUAUAAAUUACUGUCUCAUGGUUAAACUUAUCUUAUUUUCUUUCCUGUGCAAGUCCGUUCAAGUGGGAGAUCAAUGGUCAGUAACGGCACAUUACAGACAUGAAGUGCAUAAAUGUGAAUGUAAAAGUCCUUACCAUCAGAUGCAGCGAUAUAGUAGCGACCAAAGGCAAUUUGGGAUGUCUGGGAAAGGGAUUUGCUGGAUCAUUCUCUCCAUCAGUGACGGUAUAGUCACAGAGGAGAUUCUGUUCAUAUCUACUUUACCUGGGCUCUAUUGAAUGUACUACAGGUUCACCUGUGCUGAAUGAUUUUUUCCAAAAAGACCAAUAUAUUUAUCACAACAUAAAAUAUUCCAGUUCAAACCAGGACAAACCAACGAUCCACCCAUGUGAUGACGAUUCCUCUUCAUUGGAAGUUUUCACUGAAGCGCAGAAGCAAAGUGCCUGGAGUUUGUCUUUCAACAAGCCUUCUCUCUCUCCUUACUCAAAAACCCCAUAAUGUAGCAUAUGUUUAUAUCAAAGUAGUCCAUGUUACUCGUGCACUAUAUUCCAAGUCUUCUGAAGCCAUAAAACAGCUUUGUGUUAAGCCUGAAAUUUGGAAAAUGAGCCAGUUUUGACGUCAGUGAUUUUAAAUGGUGUUGGCUUUCACGUGAAUGAUAACAUGGUAAAGGUUAAACCCCUUCGGAUUUCUUGCCAGUCAUUCCAGAUGUUGAGCACAUUUUUCAGUAAGUUCCAAAUUUUUAUAUAUCCAUUGCCAGAGUAAAUCACGUAGACGUCUAUGAAAACACAAAAGUUCUUCUGUGCAAUAUAUUGUGAUAGAGAAACUAUUGCUUCACCUUCUCAUUUAUCAUUUUAUAUCUCCUCACAAAGCAUCAAAUAUGCUAUAAAAGCAUUUAGUUAAUGUCUGCUCUUGGCAGUAUUGUGUUCUCACUAAGUUUUGUUUUACCAGUAAAUCAUGUGGUGACAGCAGGGGCACACACAAAUGUGAGGAUGUUAAAGAAAACGAAAGCAACUUUCCUGUCUUUGUUUCAAUCAUUUGUAUAAACUCGCUUAAAAAAAUACAUUGUCCUUUACGGUCACCUUGGGCUUCAUGACCUUAAAAUUUUAAAAAAGAAAUGUACUAUUCAUUUAACUAUGAUGAGCUCCUCUACUCCGUCCCAUUUCAAGAGAUAAAAGAAAUAACAAACUCACCAAGAAGUUUAUCAGCCAGCGUUCUCAGCUGCUCAGAGUUCAGCGCUCGUUUAGUGGCAGAAGAAAACUGCCAGCUUAAGACCUUUGAAAGCUGCUCCCAUUUCACUGGUGGAGGAUUCAAGAAGAACGUCAGAUUCUGAGACCAAGAGAGAGAGAGAUGGACAGCAAGAGUCAGAAUGGAAACCUCAAUAGAGGAAAAAAUCAUUGAUGAUGGGAAAUGGCCAUACGUGGGGUUCACUGCAGAGCAUGUAGUAAGAUGGAGCCAGGCACUUAAUAGCAGAGAUAUACCACUGACCACCACCACCACAGGAAGACAUGCGAUCUGUUUGAACACAAGAUUAGAUGUAGGAGUUAACGAACGAGUUUCAUGCUAUACCUUUGUCUCAAAUAAAUACUGCAUUUCAAAACUCUACUUGUAGCAGAAACUUUAUCAAUAAGAAUUUUUAAUAAUGAGCUGUGUUUAUUCAAUAAAUUUAAUUAGCAUAUAGACUCAAUGGCCACUUUAUUAGGUACACCUUACUAGUACAUGGUUGGACCGUAUUUUGCCUUCAGAACUACCUUAAUUCUUCGUGGCAUAGAUUGAACAAGGUGUUGGAAACAUUCCUCAGAGAAUUUGGUCCAUAUUGACAUGAUGACAUCACACAGUUGCUGCAGAUUUGUUGGCUGCACAUCCACGAUGCGAAUCUCCCGUUCCACCACAUCCCAAAGCUGCUCUAUUGGAUUGAGAUCUGGUGACUCUGGAGGCCAUUUGAGUAAAUUGAACUCAUUGUCAUGUUCAAGAAACCAGUCUGAGAUAAUUGGAGUUUUGUGACUUUAUUGUGCAUUAUCCUGCUGGAAGUAGCCAUCAGAACAUGGGUACACUGUAAUCAUAAAGGGAUGGUUACAAACAAUACUUCGUCCGUGCUUUCAUGUUCUUUACGUCAAAUUCUGACCCAACCAUCUGAAUGUCGCAGCAGAAGUUGAGACCCAUCAGACCAGGCAACGUUUUUUCCAAUCUUUUUGUGGUCCAUUUUUGGUGAGCAUGUGCGAAUUGUAGCCUGCCUUUCCUGUUCUUAGCUGACAAGAGCGGCACCUGGUGUGGUCUUCUGCUGCUGUAGCCCAUCUGCUUCAGGGUUCAACAUGUUGUGCAUUCAGAGAUGGUAUUCUGCCGUUGACUGGAUAUUUUCUUUUUCAGAUCAUUCUCUAUGAACCCAAGAGAUGGCUGUGCGUGAAAACCCCAGUAGAUCAGCCGUUUUUGAAAUACUCAGACCAGCCUGUCUGGCACCAACAACCAUUCCACGUUCAAAGUCACUUAAAUCCCCUUUCUUCCACAUUCUGAUGCUCGGUUUGAACUUCAAGUCGUCUUCACCACAUUGCUGCCAUGAGAUUUUUAUCAAAGAAUUUAUACUAUUCAGAAACAUUUGAUUGAUAGUUAGAUAGACAGACAAAUAGACAGACAGAUAUUGCUAUUUACUUACUCAUCAAUAUUUAUUUUGACUUUGGGUUGAGAGUUCAGUUCAGAGUCUGGGAGAACUGAAAGACACAAGAGAUAUCUUGUCCAGGUCAGCAAGCUUUCAGAAGUGGCACACCACAAAAAUAUAUUCAAAUACCCCUGUGAACACAAAAAUCCUUCAAUCAAAAAAUUUAUUGUUUUUCUUUUCUUACAAGAUCAGAUUUUAACAGAUGGUAGCAUAAUGUGGAAGCAAAAUCCUUAUUAACAUGUACACCUAAAGUUACCCCAACCCUAAACCUACCCUUACAGUAGGAUAAAUACAGUGUUGGUAGAAUAAUCUGAUAGGUAGCAUUAUUCGUUAGAACACUGGGAGACGGCAUUACAGUAUGGAAAAGGGAGUAACAUUUUCAUCACACGCUUGAGGUAUUCAGCCAAUCACAACGCACUGGAUAGCUGGCCAAUCAGAGCACACCUCUCUUUUUUUCAGAAUGAUGAGUUUUUUUUAAAUAUCGACGCGUUUCAGAAAGGCAGGGCAUAGAGGAGAAACAAUAAUGUACAGUAUGUAGAAAAUAAUGUUUUUUGAACCUUAAUACACAUAAACACAUUUCAUUAAACAAUGUUUUUUAGCAACAUCAUAUGACCCCUUUAAGUUAUUUUUGAAUGCAUGCAGUUACAAACUUGAUCAAAUCACUGAAUCAGUUGAGAGCCGAAUUAGUACAAUUUCUGAAUGAAUCAUUAAUCAUGGCAACAGUAGUCUCUGGUAUCAUAGACAUAAUAAAUAUCUUUAUAUUUUCAUAUUUAUUAUUUCUUUGUGUCUAUUACCAUCACAAUGCUUUCUGGAAAAAAAUCCCAGUUUGGUUAUGUGAAUUGAAUAAUUGAAAAGAAUCAAAAGAAGAAGAUAUAACCAACCCAGGUUACUGAGUUCGGUCUGUACUUUUGCACGGUUUAGGUUUAGGAAUCCUUUUGAUGUGCUCCUAAUAUGGUCAGAACUUCCUGCCCAUAUUCCCAUGUUAUAUAACAUACAGAUAUAAUCUACAUCCUAAGAGCUCUAGAGGUAGCAGGAAGGAAAUCCCUUUGUUUGCUAGACAUUCCUAUAUGAUGUAAUGCACUAUUUUUAUUGGAUAAACCACUACAUCACCCCUUAUAAUGCAACUAUAUAAUGUAUGGAUGUAAUAAUAAACAUGGAAGAAGAAUGUGAAGGGACAAUUGGCUUCAUGUUCAUAAUUCUUUCCAUGGACCCAUGCAAGGACUGAGAAUAGCGGGACAGCAUCAAAAAAAAAAAAAAAGAGCAGAAAUAUAUUAUUUUAACACUUACUUAUGAAGACUUUGGUCAUAAAUGGCACGAGUCAUAUUGACUACUGUUAUGAUCAGUGGUCGAAUUGUAUGUAAAGCUAGUUUUCACAUAGUCAUUACAAAAUUUGUCAAUUUUUUUGAAGCCUUAUUAAAUUAACUAUUAUUUAGUUUUUUUCCUCUUCUUGGGCCUAAAAUUGAGUAUUUUUAAUGGAGUAAAUUUGGUCAACAUUGAUAAUGAAACAAUAUUUUGCUAAAUGUGCUUUUGUGCUGAAACCUUGUCUGGUUUAGGCCUGUCAUGGAUAAAUAAUGAUGACUAUAGUCCCCUGUUUUGAUAAAUGAUUUAUUGAAAGUCAUACAUACAUAUUUUACCUGUAUUCUAAUAGGCUUCAUCUCGCAGUGAGUGAACGCUUUUGUACUCUCAAGGCGUGUUUUUGUUUGGUUUUUGCAAGGUUGAUGACUCAAUGUCGGCUCUCCUAUCUCCCAGUUACACGCAUCACAAUAACAUUAUGUCAGGGGAAAGUUUUUUAAUUCUAAUUAAGGAAAAAUCAUACCUUUUCUGUUGUCUUCUUUUUUUAAAAAAUCCAAAAGUUGUGCUUGAACCAUUUUGUACGAAAACGUGCUUCCGCUUGCACACAACUUGUUACAGAACUGAGCUCUGAUUGGCCAAAGGAUGCUAUCAUUCUACCUUUGUUCAACAUAGCAUUAUGAUCAGUAGAUGCUACUGAUGAAACUGGGACAGGCACUUUCGCCGACUUUGUCAUUAUUGUCUGGAAUUGCUAGUGUAGAUAGACUGUUUUUGAUCUUUUGGAAUUAUAAAAGUGGAAUUUUACCAUCGUAGGCUGGUUAUUUGCACACACCGCGGCCACACAACUCAGUUCAAACCUUAUAAAAAUGAUUUUUGCAUUCUGUGGCACCUUUAAUAUCGCCCUCGCCUUGAUGCUCUGAUGACUUGUUCGAAAUGUUCGGUUUUAUUUCCUAUUUAAAUAAAAAGAAAGCUACUGUAGUAAAAGUUUCAAGAAACAAGUAGUCUGUUACAAGAGUAAUAUUAGUAUCAUUAAAUGAAGGUGUGAGCAAAGUGCUAUUUGAAUAAGAUACCUGCACAUUCCACUUCAGGAUGUUUACUUUAUGGUCCAUCUCUUUUUCUUGUUCCAUCAAACUUCCCUGUCACGAGAGAGUUUUUCUCUGAACACAAUUUCACACGGAUGAAUGUCUAUACAAAAAUGGUGUUUAAAAACAAAAAGGAUGUCAAUUGCCUUCUCCUCAUUCAGAGUGUUGGAUGAGCAUCUCAACGUGCUCCUAAUAGGAGAAAUUUGUCUGAAGCCAGUGCUACACACAAUAAAAUUAUAUUUAUUAUAUCUUCAAUACAAUAUUUAGAGAAAAGAACAGAGCAGAGAGACAUUGUGUACUGUAGGCUGUGGUUGCUUGGUUUUGCUUUGCUUUGCUUUACCAGGACGUUGUUUCACUGGAGGAGAAUCAUGAUAUGUAACGGUACAGAAUAAAAUGCUACCAUACUACUUCUACAAACUACUUCCAUCAGGUGAAAUAGAUGAAUGAAAAAGAGAAAACUGCUGUUAAAAAAGCAUAAAACAUGAAUAUAAACCAUUUAAUAGUCUUUAUUAUUACUUCACAUUUAGUAACACUGCCUGUUGGACCAAGCUUGGAUCGUAUUGCUGACUGUAGAAAGUAGGUUGAUUUCUGUUAGACUAUAUCAGGCUGGUGUGUGUGUUUGUACAUGUGCAAUUAAGGCAAUUGUAUGUAAAGAUAUUUUGAUGUGCAAAAAUAAAUAAGGGCUUCACAA